AUGUUCAACCUGCGCUCAAUUGUCCUACUUGUAAUAUCCUACGUCGUCAUCCCGCGCCUGACGUUUCUCCCGCAGAAUGUCCACUCGAUCCUCAUCAUCUUCGGACCCUUCCUCAUACCCCGCGUACUCGACUGGAUCAACCUCGCGCGCGCGACCGGAAGAAGCGUGCCAGUACGACCGACGCCUCCGAGAGUUCAAUAUGCGUUAAACUUGCUCUUCGUGAGCGCAGUCGUAUGCCUCGUCCUCUCCUUCUCUCGGUUUGCACCUGAGAACAUAUUCCUCAAGACACAAAGUCACAUCCGAACAGAGACCAGUGUCUUGUUUGCGCGUCUACGCCACCUUCGACCGCUCACGGAUGAGGAUGAUGCGUUACGGACAAAGUUCAACUGGAGCGUGCGCAACAAACUGCUGUACCUGACAUAUGGCCCCGACACCCUGUUGAACUGCGUGUGGUGUACCACAUCCGAUGGAAAUGACCAGCAAAACUACUUUUUGUAUUCGCUUCCAACCAUGGUCACGCCGCAUAUCUUCCAACUCGCUGUUCUUGGUCUCGCGACGUCGUCGCUUGUAGGAAGCGAGGGUUCGCGGUUUCGCACGCAUGCCACCAUUGCAGGAUUGCUCUUGAUGGUGGUGGAAGUGUGGUACAUGGCCACCUACGACAUCACGCUCAACAAGCGAGCAAAGUAUGUGCAGGAUAUCGAUUCAGCACACUGGCGUGUCCGAUUCCUACGAUACGUCGCCUUCGCCAUGGUAGACAUGGGCUUUGCCUUCGUCCUCUGGGCUACAAGCACGAACCGCUGGCUCGCCAAGCCUGUUUCCAUCGCCGAGCGCAUCGAAACAACUACACGAACCGCCGAAGAUACAUUCAAUAAGAUGCGUGCGCUAGCUCUGCUCACAAACUCUGUGAACCGCGAUUCAGCGUUGCGAGGUGUGCGGGAAGAAUACUGGAGGACCGAGGGCCAGGUUACAGCUGAGGUGGUGCAGGAUGAACUCGUCAUGGAACAAAUCAAUGCUGCUAUCAGCAGAAUGGACUUUAGUACGCUUGAAGGACGGGUUGGCGAGGUUGCAGAUGGAAUCAUGAAGGGUAUUGAUAGCUUGAGGGCAAGUCAAAUGCUGGCGGCGAGUCAUGUCAGCGAGACAUCGUCAUCCCCGGCAUCGUAG